AUGUCCAACGUUGUUCAACCCCCACAAGCGCUUCCCUUACUCCUCAUCACCGAUUUCUCUUCCAUGACACAUCGCAGAGACGCUAGCUGGAUCCCUGUACCCGGUGACAACCCCCUCUCCUCAGGUCGUCCCGGCAGCAUCGGCUGGCCGCCCGUUCCCAACCGGUCAGACUCACCGAGUCCCAACAGCCCGCUCCCUGGAACCCGCCCUCCUCGCGGGAGUUCGCUCGGCGCCAGGAUGAUGGCCCACUCCACCGCCCCCGAUCUGGGAGGAACACCAGAGACUUGCUCCUGGAUGUGUAUGCGUGAUUUGUUGAACCCAGCACUAUAUGUUUACGCGCUAUAUAUUGCCCUAGCAAAACGCAUCUCAAGGGGGGUCCCAUGGGAGUGGCCAAGGCCAUGCUGCAGUGCCGCCCUCACCACCUGGGAUACACCACAAGCCGCUUUGCCUUUCCCCAUUCUCAGGGCGCCCCCCGUCCCACCGAACUUUAAUUCAACAUAA